AUGGUUCGUCCACCCCUCCGAAUUCCCCCGCUUCAUUCCUAGAAUCUACCUAAUUCUUGAUGUCAAAUUUCAAAUUGUACAGAAGUUUACGGAGUAAAAUCUACAAAGCCCCCUUUGUGCCCCCACCCUACCCUGGCCGCCCAAAGCUUUUGUCCUUCCCGCUGGUCUUUUUUCUCUGCCUUCGUGCGCGUGUGUUUACACAUAAAGCUGUGCGCACUUUUUGCUCUGGUUUUUACGUCCGUGUAUUCAGGUGUGCUGCAACUUUCGUGCUUCACAAAAGCAGACCCCCUCUGUCUUCUCGCAGCUCUAUUGUAUUUCAGGCGGUGGAUACGCGCUACUUUAUCAAACCAUUCCUCUCCCGAUGGACAUCUACGUUGUCUCCAGUUUUUUGCUAAUGAAGAGUGCUUUAGUACAUGCAUGUACAGUUGGGGACACGUGAGUCUUUCGAGAGGAAAAAUGUGUGAACUUGUAAAAUCAAAAAGCUGUAGAAAAUUCAAAGCCCUGUUUUUUUUUUUUUUUCCUUUUGUCAGGACCCUUUACGCAGUUGCCUUACCACUUGGUUGUGAGGGGGUCUCAUCCUCCCACCUGCCCUGGGGGAGGCUCCGAGCCCUCAGGGAGGCAGGCAGUGUUCAGGUGUGACUCUGGAAGUUUUUCCCAAGCUCUGGCCCCGGGCUGGCAGCAAUGGAGUUGCCGGUUUAUCCCAGCAGAGAGUGGCUGGUCCCAGUGGGAAGAGUGGUCUCCUGCAGGUCCGGGUCAGACCACUGCUGCUUCCCGGCAGGCACAGACCAGCACACUGGCCCAGAGGCCUGACCGCUUAGACAGGAGCGCGGAUCCUUCCCGAAGGACGCAGAAUGCUGUCGGCUCUCUGUGUACCCGCUGAGGCGAUCUGCUCUUGCAGGAAGGCAGCUGGGAUUCUGGUGCGGGACACUCAGGGAGUUAAAGUGGCCCCUGUGGUCCAUUAGGCGGCCCCCUCCCUCCACCGGGACAGGAAGGGAGGUUUCCUAUGGCCUGCUAGGAGCUUUGUCGCCAGGCCUUUGGAAUCCAGGGGCCUGGGUAGACACUCCAUAGUUCGCCAUAUUGGUGACUCUGAGGGUGUCACUUGAGGAAGAUUCCUCUCUCCCGUGGUGGCCACACACCGUCGCUGGGAAGGCAUCGAGUGGACGUCCCUGCCCCAGCCCUCCUGGACACUCGCUCGGGCAGACGGGCCUUUGCUGCAGACCACAUGGGACGUACGGUGCAGAUUGUCUUUGUCAAAUCAUAUUCUUUUCUGGAAGUGGCCCUGGAUUGUUUCCAAAACCAAACGCAUAUAAAAUACCGAAAGGACAGGGCUGAGCUGUUGUGAGUCGUAGUUCCUUCCUUAGUCCCCCGUUUGGAUUUGCAGGGGGUUUGAGGACUACAAUUUGUUUCAUUUCCUCUCUGUGCCUCCUUCCUCCUCUUGAUCACUAAGGCCGUCCGCCCUGGGAGGGGGUCCCAGGGGGUCCCCCUGGGGGAGGGGAUGGUCAGGGCACGGACCUCGGGCUUCAGCUCCUGGGCUGAUGGGUGGUGGGAGAUCAGUGACGGGGGGCCAGCUGGCUUUCACACUCGAGCUAGGAGCCUCAAAGCCUCCGUUCUCCCCUUCAGCCCUGGCUGGAAGAGUCUCACCGUGCCCCCCGAAGGCAAGGGAGAGGACAGCUGAGGGGAGCCGUGCCCCGCGAGCAGGCCGUCAGCUCGCUGCCCGCAGCGCCAUGGAUCUGCACCUCUUCGACUACUCGGAACCAGGGAACUUCUCCGACAGCAGCUGGCCGUGCAACGGCAGCGACUGCCUCGUCGUCGACACGGUGCUGUGUCCCAACAUGCCCAACAAGAGCGUGCUCCUGUACACGCUGUCCUUCAUUUACAUCUUCAUCUUCGUGACCGGCAUGAUCGCCAACUCCGUGGUGGUCUGGGCGAACAUCCAGGCCAAGACCACCGGCUACGACACGCACUGCUACAUCCUCAACCUGGCCAUCGCCGACCUGUGGGUGGUGGUCACCAUCCCCGUCUGGGUGGUCAGCCUCAUGCAGCAUAACCAGUGGCCCAUGGGAGAGCUCACGUGCAAGAUCACCCACCUCAUCUUCUCCAUCAACCUGUUCGGCAGCAUCUUCUUCCUCACGUGCAUGAGCGUGGACCGCUACUUCUCCAUCGCCUACUUCGCCGGCACCUCGAGCCGCAGGAAGAAGGUGGUCCGCCGCGUCGUCUGCGCGCUGGUGUGGCUGCUGGCCUUCUGCGUGUCCCUGCCCGACACCUACUACCUGAAGACUGUCACGUCGGCGUCCAACAACGAGACCUACUGCCGCUCCUUCUACCCCGAGCACAGCGUCAAGGAGUGGCUCAUCAGCAUGGAGCUGAUCUCUGUGGUCUUGGGCUUCGCCAUCCCCUUUUGCAUCAUCGCCGUCUUUUACUGCCUGCUGGCCCGAGCCAUCGCCGCAUCCGGCGACCAGGAGAAGCAGAGCAGUCGCAAAAUCAUCUUCUCCUAUGUGGUGGUCUUCCUUGUGUGCUGGCUCCCCUACCAUGUGGUGGUGCUCCUGGACAUCUUCUCCAUCCUCCACUACAUCCCCUUCACCUGCCAGCUGGAGAACUUCAUCUUCACGGCUCUGCACGUCACGCAGUGCCUGUCGCUGGUGCACUGCUGUGUCAACCCCGUGCUCUACAGCUUCAUCAGUCGUAACUACAGGUACGAGCUGAUGAAGGCCUUCAUCUUUAAGUACUCGGCCAAGACAGGGCUCACCAAGCUCAUCGAUGCUUCCAGGGUGUCAGAAACAGAGUACUCCGCCUUGGAGCAGAACACCAAGUGACGCGCCUUGCGGGGUCUCCGGGACAAGUCUGCUUGCUUCCUCCACGGCACUGGCUUGCGUCGUUCCCAAGAGUAAAGCAAGGUGGCUUCGGGGUUUGAGGCCGGAGUAGCGUGGAGAGGGGAGCGGGGGCCGCCGAGCACCCUUCUUCCCCUCUUUCUUGGGCCGUGGUGGUGGGUCUCGUGCGAGGCCGUGCGUCCCAAUGCGUCCACAGCCCGUCGUGUGUCCAAGCCCGCCGCGGGGCAGGCUAGCCUGCACUUCUGUACAAUAGGACGUUCUGUGUUCCCUGGAGGUUUUAUAUGGUGAUUUGUAUUUAAAUCUUAAGACUUUUAUUUUCUCAUUAUCAGUGUACCUUAUAAAUGUAUUUGAAAGUUUAAAUAUAUUUUAAAUAUUGUAUGGGAGCUAAGACGCUGACAUAUAUUCAGAGUGUUGUAGUUUUAAAGCUAGUUUGAUUUCAGUUUUGACUAAGGAUGACAUUAAUUGUUAGCUG